AUGAGGCUCCAUUCGGUUCAGAACUGCUCAGAGUUAUUUGAGCAUUUGACCGUUUCAUUUGAGUUGUCCAAUGUAAUAGUGGACCAGUCUCUGAAGGACCAGAUCUUCAGCAGGGAGGCCGGACGCAUCUGUUACACGAUUAUCCAGGCAGAGGCCAAACAGACCAACGGGAAUGUGUUUCGGCGUAACCUUCUGAACCGACUGCAGCAGAAAUUUAAAGCCAGAGAGGAGACGCGGAAGAGAUCCACUCAGGAGUGGGUUUGCCUUGUGUCCUUCAUCUGCAACAUCUUUGACUACCUCAAGGUGAAAAAUUGCCUUCUGUUUUAA